AUGGAUCAAACAUGGCAAGUGAUACAAGAAGAGAGGCGACUCACCCGAGGUUGGAAGGAGUUCGCUGAGGCACAUGACCUUCGAAUAGGAGACAUUGUCAUCUUCAAACUCAAAGGUUCCAUGGUCUUUCACGUCACUCCUUUUGGUCCGAGCUGCUGUGACAUCCAGUACACAUAUCCCAACUCAAUGGAAGAAGCCCAUGACCACCAGAACAAUAGAAUAGGGGCAAGGUUUUCUUACUCGUGGGACUACUGUUUUAAGGCUGAGGUCACGGAUUCUAAUGUCCGUGAAGACAAACUUGAUCUCCCUGUGGGGGCUACUGGUUGUAAUGCUCUGAACAAAGAAUGCAAAAAGGCGAAACUAGUGAACAUAGAGGGAAAGGCGUGGAAUGUGUCAAUGCGAUUUAACGAAUCAGGCGGCUUCUACUACAUCAAAGGGUGGAGAAAGUUCUGUGCUGAAAACAAAUGCCACAUUGGAGACAGCUUUGUCUUCAAUGUGGUUGGAGAUGGGAACACUUGGCCAUUGAUGUGUGUCUGUGCUCCAAGUAAGGAGUGUCUUAAAUCUGCAGGUGACAUUGCUUCUUCCUCCCGGGUGAACUAG